AUGAUAGAUUUUGGCGAAAUUUCUGAAAAGGUUCUUCGACAAUUUUAUGACUGUACUCCGUUCAUUAUCAUUCCUAUUGAUAAUAUUAUUAAUGUCAGAUCGAUUGGUAUCAUCUGCCAUAAUAAUAAUUUUAGUCAAUACAUUUCUUUUUCCACAUACAUACAUAAUAUUAAUUUCAAUCCAGCACCUUGGUUACAUAAACGAUUGAUAUCCCUUAAUGAUCAAUAUCAACAUAAUUGGAAACAAAACAAGGAUUUAUAUUGUGAAGAAGAACAAGGACAACGCUUAUUGGAACGUAUAAUUGAAGAAGAAACUCAAUAUCAGCAGUAUCAAUGCAGAAACAGAAUCAGUCAAGUAUUUUUAUACUCAACGCCAGCAUCAUCUCGAUUCAUUGCACAAUUUCGCUUAGAUGGCCGUAAAAUAAUCAGUAAUGAUCUGCUCAACAAAAACUGCAGCAUUUGUCUGGAAGACUUAAAAUUAAAUCAAUUCUUCGCCCAAUGGCCGUGUGAAGCUAAACAUACAUUUCAUUACCAUUGUAUGUUGGAUGCUUUAAGAACAGGAAAUAAGUGUCCUUUAUGUCGUCAUCCUGUUGAAGAAGCAAAUUUACCUAAUAUGCAAGCUGCUAUUCACUUCAUACUAGAAAGAAUGACAUUUAAUGGAUUCGCUUGA